GAGGUCUGGGUGAUUUGCAAAGCAGAAGUCCCUCGAAAGGGAUUAGCUAGCUUGCUAGCAGAGGAAAUCUUCUUCAGAUGUUGGAAUUUGCGCUAAACGAUCUACUUUGAACAGCGCUGACACGCCGAGCGAGAAACAGAGCUGAAACCCCAGCUGUUGUCAUGGCAAUCCUGUUUGCUGUGGUGGCUCGUGGAACCACCAUCCUGGCGAAGCAUGCGUGGUGUGGCGGCAACUUCCUGGAAGUGACUGAACAGAUUUUAGCCAAAAUCCCAUCAGAGAAUAACAAAUUGACCUACAGCCACGGCAGCUAUCUCUUUCAUUACAUCUGCCACGACAGAAUCAUUUACCUGUGUAUCACUGAUGAUGACUUUGAGAGGUCACGUGCAUUCAGCUUCCUCAGUGAAGUCAAGAAGCGCUUCCAGACAACAUACGGGUCGCGAGCACAAACAGCCCUGCCUUACGCCAUGAACAGUGAGUUCUCCUCAACGCUGGCAGCUCAGAUGAAACACCACUCAGACCCACGAGGAUCAGAUCGUCUCACUGAGACUCAGAUGCAAGUGGAUGACCUGAAGGGUAUUAUGGUCCGCAACAUAGACUUGGUAGCUCAGAGGGGAGAAAAGCUGGAGUUGCUGAUUGACAAGACAGAAAAUCUGGUUGAUUCAUCGGUCACAUUUAAGACCACAAGUCGUAACCUGGCACGGGCCAUGUGUAUGAAGAACCUCAAGCUGACUGUUGUCAUUGUGCUGGUGUGCCUGGUGGUCCUUUACAUUAUCGUUUCUGCUGCCUGUGGAGGCCUCAGCUGGCCCACUUGUGUCCAUAAAUGAGAGGAGAGAGGGAAUUAAAGAAAAGGAGAUAAAGGAAAAAAUGAAGAGGGGAUGUAGUGCCUGUUCAACUCUGGCUGCCAGUGGACACAAAAGGAAACACAACUUUUCCUUCCUUUAUUCCUCUAGCUUCGACGUCCCCAGAAAACACAUGCUGCUCCGCCUCCUGCCUCCUUCCUCGCCCCCUCUUCGAUAGCGUGCACACUGACUUGCCUUCAGGACAGGGAGUCCCACCUCAUACCCACACCAAUGGACAGCAGCCAUGUGGCCUAAAACUGAUGUGGAACAAUAAUCUUGUCUUAUACUAGUCUCUUACUUUCAUCCUGUCUCAUGCACUUACAGUAGUGGCCUGAUGUAUCAGGUUGUGACACUGUCUUGGAACCGUCUAUGUAAUUCAUCUGUUCAGACUGAUACCUGGAAUGAACCACAAUGAUUGUAAGGAUUGCUCUGUUCUGCUUUUCGUUUGUUGUCAAAAGAAACAUAUGGGACCUGCAAGUGUACGUAGCAUUUACAGUGGUUACAGAUCCAUCAAGAAGGACUUAGCUUAAUACAGUAUCUGAUUCUCUGUGACAUAUGUGUCUUAACCAACCAAGUUUAUGGUGUCUCAUGAAACAAUCUGAUUUCCUUCAUGUUUUAUCACCAAGCACAGUAGUAUAUUCUAAAAUGGAUGUUGUAAAAUACCAGAUAUGAUCAUACAAAUAAAUAUUGUAGAUUUGAUUGAUAUUACUGAUUCGAAGACAUAAUGGUUCUUUUAAAUCCUGCCUGAUUUUGGAGAAAACCCAUAUCUCCUUCCCUCCUUGAUAAGAGGCUUGCUCCCUUUAACCUUUUACCUCUGCUAGGAUGUUUAGUUGUGCCCAUAUGUUCUUUGUGUUCACACAAUGCACUUUUCACUUUGUACAUAGAUUUGCUUCCUGGCGCCAUAUGAUUUAUAAUCGUGUAAUUAUUUAAUUAUUGUACAUUCAGAUUUGAAAUAAUAAAAUCUGAUGGUAUCAA